AAGCUCCUUCAUGGUUACGAGGCUGUUGCUCCGGGGACCCCUCGUUGCUCCACCAAGCCUAUCGAGCUUGUUGCUAGAGCUGUUCACGACAUCGGAGUUUGGCUGUAUCGCCAGGACACUAGUCGGCAUAAAGAUGACGCGCUCGGCAGGUGGCCCCCCUCAGAGGAACACAAAAGGUUUUAUCGUCGGGCAUUUCUAGGGACCGUCUUUUCCCACCCAUGGUAUCCCGACUACGAUCAAUAUCCUGAAGGCAUCGCUGACUGUGUUGGAUAUUGGGCCGAGGUUCGUAUCCUUGGCGGCGUGAUGCUCUUCGAUAGACGAGAUCCAGAAUCGGUGAGCGAGGCAGCGGUGAAUGCAGUAUACAUCCAUCCUGACAGGCGCCUAGUCACCUACCGCAUCUGCCGCCUCCUCGAGGAUCAAAAGGAGGCGCUUGCUCUGUUCUUAGGUUCCGGAACCACGCCAUCACAACGUUGUCCGCUCCCACUUCUUCCAGACCAGGCGAACCUCGAACGCGUUGAUCCUACGGAGGCCAUCGAAACCACGGGAAUCUACCGUGAUAUAUGGGAGCGCCGCCCCCUCCCACCCAGUGACAGUGACCCGCGCUUGAAAGAUGUCUCGGACUAUGUCAACUAUCCUUCCCGUCAGGAUUGGCGCGAGUCGAAGCGCCGUACUUGA